GAAAUCGACUAGGCCGCCAACAUUGUUGGAAUAAUAUUUCAGGGGCUGCUUUAUACUCUCUUCGACGGCCUUGUACGCGGCGAAAUGGAUCACGCCUGAAAUGCUUGAUCGCUGACUAUUGCAAAGGUUAUCGGAACUCGAAUCGAAGCUCAUUACGCCGGAAUAGUCAUAUUCCUCGAGUAUCAUUGUCAUUUUGUUGAUGUUUCUAAAGUCCGCGUCGUGAAAUUUGAGUGAUGGUCGGUGUCCAUUUUUGCCUUGAACACUAUAGUGCUCAUUGACCAUCAACUGAAGCUUUUCGAAGACGGUGAAGAAUGAGUUACUGAGAUUGUCGACCACGGCCACCUGCAGACUUGUUAGCUAUUACCCAGGAAAUUUAGAGCGGUGUUAAUUACACUGUACCCAGCCUUGGCUAGUUCCCAGACUGUGUGACUACCAAUGAAUCCCAAACCACCGACGACCAAUAUCCAUUGAUCGUUAAUCGAAUUGCUUACUGCAAAAUCGAUAUCGUCUUCAUCAAAAAGUAAGGAUCUUUCUGUUAAAGGUGUACCAAAAGCACUUCUUUCAUUAUCAGAAGAGAUUCGUUCGGGAGUGGAAGCUCCCGAAUUUCUGAAAGAGUUUGUUGAACCAGGCAUUUUGUCAGCAGAAUCCCUGUAAAGAUAAAGUACUUUAUGUUGAAUGCGUUGGUUCCAAGGCUUAGACUUCUUCAUAUAUACCUUUUCACUGGAAGUUCUUUCAGCUAACUCGUAUAUAAUUAUAGUUUUGACACAUUUUCCGUCUGGAUCGCACUACUACCAAGACUUUGCGUGAUUACAUUGCGUGCCAUAUUGGGCCACACUGGUUUUGACACUGCUGAAGUGCAAUUUCAAGCAAUUCUUCUGGCCCGAUUCAGCCGUUACAAAACUUUCGAUACAGGGCUUAAGGCUGCCUUCCUUCUUUGGGGACACUUUGCGAAAUCCUCAGAAUACCUUGGAAGAGAAGUUAGGUGCAGCAGCCUAGCCGUGUAAUCUACCUCACCAUUUCUUCUACUAAUCGACGAUGUUUUUCAAGAAAGCUAGAAAGGCUAAGAAAGCCACCUCAAUGAUACCUACUAGAUUGUCGGUUCUCAUCCCCCUUUACAUUUAUCCCUCUCCCGGUGCGUGGGAACGGUUAUUUCAAAGGUGCGUCGGGAAUUAUUGCAUCUAAAAAUCUUGAUCAUGAGGCUGACUGGAGAAUAGCAUCACUUCUUAUCCGAGUAUCAGGUUCAUCGUCGUGGUGAACCCUCACAAUGGCCCUGGCCGAUUACUUGAUAGUAACUACAAAAGAGAUAUCUGCAAGUUGAACCAGUAUCCUAACGUUGUGGUUGUCGGGUAUGUCUCUACUGCAUAUGCAACCAGGCAAUAUUCUAGCGUUCUAGAAGAUGUGAUGGUCUACGCGGGCUGGAGGCUUGAAGAUGAUGGGCUCGGCGUCCGGGGCAUUUUCUUCGAUGAAACUCCGAACCAAUGGACUACAUCAAAUGCUUCAUUUUUGGGUAAUAUCAACACUGCGGUGAAAGGUUCUUCUGGCUUGGGAGCAGAGCCUCUUGUACGUGUAUAUCCUGCAAUGUUUUCUACAAAUUCUGACAAUGUUUUUACCCAAUAGGUCAUUCACAACCCAGGAACGAUUCCACACUCAAGAUUGAUGUCUGGCACCUGUUUACCUGAUAUCAAUGUAGUUUUUGAAGCAACCUAUGAGACUUAUCAUGAAAGUGGUUUCGAGAAAGCUCUUACGGAUCUCAACGUGGAUCGAGGGCGGUUGGCAUGCGUAAUGCACUCUGUACCACAUUCCUUGAUGACUACAUAUUCUGACGUCGCAUCUGAAAUUGAAAAGCUGAAGCCAUUUAUAGGGGUAUUAUUUGUUACUAGUCAGGCUACAGAUCUCUAUACCAGCCUGGGGGAUCAUUGGGAACAAUUCAUCCAAGCAAUUAGCCUUUAAGGAGGAUCUGGAAAGGGCAUCUCAUCUCAUCUCAUCUAAAUUUUCAUCCUUGCAGGCUGGGUAUCAGGAUUUACGCUUUGGGCUGCAUUGCCUGAUGUCGGAUUUCGCGGAGGCAUUUAGAAGCAUUGGAUCUGGUAAUACGGAUUUAUGUCUUUGACCAAGAUAAUUGAAAAUCUUUCGGGUCCGCC